AUGUCAUCCGACGAAAGCUCCAACUCUUCUAACUCUUCAUCCAAUUCAGAAAAUAGCCAAACACAACGAUAUGAAAGACAAAGGCAAGCCAAUCGUCUUGUUAACCGAAUGAUGGAUGAAGUUUUUAUGUCCAAUCCAAUUGAAAUAUAUCAAAUGUUAAAUCAAGUUCCAAGGGAACAAAGGAUCCCCGUUCCAAGGGAUCGUGAGGAUGGACACAAUCGUUUAUGGAAUGACUACUUUGCUGACCAUCCUGUGUUUCCCCCACAGUUAUUUCGUCGGAGAUUUUGUAUGAACAAAUAUAUAUUUCUCCGAAUAAAGCAAACUUUAGAAGAACGUCAUCCCUUCUUUCAACAAAGACAAGAUGCUACAGGAAGAUUUGGUGCCUCCGGAUUGCAAAAAUGCACAGCUGCUAUGAGGCUAAUAGCUUAUGGCACCUCUGCUGAUUCUGUAGAUGACUACAUUCGAAUUAGUGCAUCUCUUGCAAGAGAUUCACUACAACAUUUUGUGGAAGGAAUUGUCUCUUAUUUUAGUGAUGAAUACCUUAGAAAGCCCAAUGAAGAAGAUCUAGUAAGACUACUAAGAAUUGGUGAACGUCGAGGAUUUCCAGGUAGUCGUAAUGAUAUUAACGUUCUUGAUAGAUCCCCUUUGUUUAACGAUGUUUUUGAAGGUCGUGCACCUUCUAUUAACUAUGUUGUGAAUGACCAUCAUUACAAUAUGGGAUAUUAUCUCACUGAUGGCAUAUAUCCUAAAUGGGUAGCAUUCAUUCCUACAAUAUCACUACCACAAAAUGAAAAAGAAGGUCUUUUGCCAAAUUACAAGAAGCUAGACGAAAGGAUGUUGAGCGUGCUUUUGGAGUAUUACAAGCUCGUUUUGCAAUAA